AUGACGCUGGAUCUGGACUUGGAUGAUCAGCCUAGGCUCCAACUCUUCAAGCAGGAAGCUCUGCAGUGGGAUAUCCUGAGGGUAGCACCCUCUGUGCAGACAAAAGAACAGGUGGACACAACUGCAUCACAGAUGGAGACAACAGACAGGUCCCUCCAUGGGCUGCUAUGUUUCUACCAGAAGCCCCCGAGUCUUUUCUACCUUGGGAAAGUUUGGGUUGAUGCCAAAGCUGGGCGCCCAGCCCUAUCCACCACGGCCGACAGCAGACACAGAGGCCACACUCGUCGAGGCCAGGACGGUCUUGGCCAAAGAAGGCUCACCCAGCAGAGACAGGAUGCAAAGAUUGCCUUUCACCUACAGGCUGGAAGGCCUCAUGGCCAUCACAAAGUUGGAAGUGAGCCACAAGCUGAAGCCGCAGCCCAGGACACAGGGAGGCACCCUUCCCCAGGCAGGGUGGGACCAGGUGUCUGCCCCAUCCAAGAGCCGGGCUCUCGGGCUGCUCGAAGACCCCGAAGGGGUGUAGGGACUACAUCUGCCUCAAAGGUUCCUCGCCCUGGUGCUCUUGUGCCUGCAACACGUGGCCGUACAAGAUUUAUCCACUGCCGAGGUACGCCCCCUCGAACCCAUGUUGGCUCCAAAAGACCCAAACGGUCCAGGAUCCGUCGAUGCCACACUCGGGUACCAGACCUCCUGGAGGAAGAAGCUGUCGGACUCCCAGUGACCUCGCUGGAGGGGGCCCUGAUGGAAGGGGACAAGCAACCUGCUCCUGGUCAAGGUCCUUUCUUCUACAUCGGAGGCACUAAUGGAGCAUCAAUAAUCAGCCACUACUGUGAGAGCAAGGGCUGGCAACGCACUCAGGACAGCCGCUGUGAGGACUACAAGCUAAAGUGGUGCGAGAUCAAGUGCAGGGACAACUACUGCAGCUUCCGAGAAGGCCAGCAGUUGCUGUUCCAGCUGCCUAACAACAAGCUGCUUACUACCAAGAUCGGGUUGCUCAGUGCUCUGAGGGAACAUGCACGCACUUUGAGCAAAGCCAGGCUGCUGCCCAGUACCCAAGCCAAGGUCCUGAAAAUGGAAGAGUUUUUUCCAGAGACUUAUCGACUGGACAUCAGGGAUGAGAGACAGACAUUCUUCACUCUAUUUGAUGAAACCCAGAUAUGGAUCUGCAAGCCCACGGCCUCCAACCAGGGAAAGGGCAUCUUUCUGAUCAGGAACCAGGAGGAGGUUGCUGCCCUGCAGGCCAAGACCCAGAGCAUUGAGGACGACCCCAUCUACCGCAAGAUGCCCUUCCGUGCACCUCAGGCGCGGGUGGUGCAGAGAUAUGUCCAGAACCCACUGCUGCUAGAUGGAAAGAAGUUUGACGUGCGCUCCUACCUGCUCAUCGCCUGUGCCAUGCCCUACAUGGUCUUUUUUGGCCAUGGCUAUGCCCGUCUCACCCUCAGCCUGUAUGAUCCUCAUUCCAGUGACCUCAGUGGUCACUUGACCAACCAGUUCAUGCAGAAGAAGAGUCCCCUGUACAUGUUGCUGAAAGAAGGCACUGUGUGGAGCAUGGAGCACCUCAACCGAUACAUCAAUGACAAGUUUAGGAAGACCAAGGGCCUCCCCAGAGAUUGGGUCUUCACCACCUUCACGAAGCGGAUGCAGCAGAUCAUGGCCCACUGCUUCCUGGCUGUCAAGUCCAAGCUGGAGUGCAAGCUGGGUUACUUUGACCUCAUUGGCUGUGAUUUCCUGAUUGAUGAGAACUUCAAGGUGUGGCUGCUGGAGAUGAACUCCAACCCUGCCCUACAUACCAACUGUGAAGUCCUGAAGGAGGUGAUCCCUGGAGUGGUUAUGGAAACCUUGGACCUGGCUCUUGAGACCUGCCAAAAGAGCUUGCAUAGUCAGAAGAUGCUGCCUCUGCUGUCACAGCGUCGCUUUGUGCUCCUUUACAAUGGCGAGACUACAGACUUGUGGCCACGCUUGGGGAGCUCACGCCCCCUUGCCUGCCUGCCUCCACUGCCUCCCCGGCCCUCCUGUGAGGUCGCACCCUCUGUGCUGUCCACAGCACGUGCCAACGCAGACCGGCCUGGAGCACACAAGUCGAUGCCUUCCAGAGGCGCUCUCACAUGCACCUCCCGCAAAUCGCGGCAGCCUGACUCAGGCGGUGGUUCUGUAGCAGAGUCCGAGCCCUCUCUAUGUUCUAGGCCCACGGAAGGCAGCAGGAACGCAGCCGGGGAACCCUCCCUGGGGCCGCCCGAUGAAGAGCGCGAGGAGGAACAGAGGAGCACGAGCCAUCGGGGCUCCUAGCCGCCGCAAGUAUCCACGGCCCGUGCCCUCUUCGGGACCUAUAAAAGCUACUUUGUGACAAAUGCGGCCUCCAGAAGCCGGUCCCACACGGGCGCCCUAAGCCUUUCUGUCCCUUUUCCUCUCCUUGCUCCUUGGUUGUCCUUAGGGGAAGAAGAGGGAACUGCAUGCAGAAUGGGAGUGAGUCCUUCAGGAAGGGGAAAUCUCCACUGGCCCCUUUUUCCUUCUCUGGGGCAGCCCACCAAAUCCUGGGUCCCCCACUUCUGGCCUCUGGUAUUCAUCCUGUAGGAUCCUCCUGAAACUCCAUGGCCUCCAUGGGCCUGGCAGUGGGGCCCACCUACUGUUUAGUGGAGUUCCCAAGAAAGGCCUUGGGAACUCUGGAACUCUGGAAGACCAACCCUGUCCCAUUACUGUUCUGAUGCAGAACUGGGGUUCAUCAUCCUGCCCAACAGCUUUCUUCUGACCUUUCAGAUACUUUGUGGAGGGUCUGUAGCCUAUAGCCCCUACUUCCCUACAAACUGCCCUGGAAUUUAUCAGGGAUACGAGGCAUGCACGGAGAAGUUGGCCAUGACAGGGCAGUUCCCAGGAAGGAUGAUGCUAAGCUGGCAUUGAUGGUGGUUGCUCUCCCUAAUGCUCAUGCUCCCAGUUAGCACUGGGGUUUGAAAGAACACGGACCACCUUAAACCUCUGAGGUGUCCACAUCUUACAACAAAGUGGCCAGGACCCUCUCGAUCCCACCCUUAUAAAACUCCAAAUACAACCUCCCACAGACUUCCAGACUGCCCAACUUGAAUCUUGCAUAUCCAAGGUGGCAGAGUCCUCUUCGUCACCCUCCCUUCUUACCUUUUGUUGGUACUAAACAUCAAGCCUAGCUCUACCACAUGUGGAAGGAGUGUCAGACUAGUCCCCUCAGCCGCUAAGAAAACCUUCCUGGCACAACAGCCUCCAACUGUGGCAUGGUUUCUAGGAUGCAAUGGCUGGCCCACCGCUAGAGGGCUCUGUCUACCACUGUUCCGCUGACCAGCAUACAGGACCGUUCUGUGCAGGAACCCUUUAACAAGACUCAAAGAGGUAACCCAAGGUGCUCAGAUCCCAGAGGACCGAUCAUGGAGACCCUGCUUUAGCUCACGAUCGCCCACAGCUCUCCACCCCUCCACGACCCUUCUCCAUUCAGACUCCCUAUUCAGCCCCUGAUGUUCUAGCCUUCCGUCUUCCUGCUGUGGCCCAGAACAUAAAGUACAAGGUGCAGGGUAAGCACAUUCUUGUCCUUAUGUGACCAAGUCAGGUGUCUCCUAUGUCUGUGGUUCCUCUUGGAAAGAGCCUGCUCCUGGCCCGUGGGUCUCUGGAUAUUUGAAGCUUGCUAAAGCUAGGAAAAUGAAGACCAGUCUCCACAGGCCCUAAGUACCUAGGUCUUGGUGAAUCCACACCUAUUAUUGGAGUCACAGCCACAUUUCUGCUGGCUAAAUAGCCACAUCCCUUGGGACCAUCUGUUGACAUUAUCAACUUGCGCCACCUCCAAUUUGUUUCCCAUAACCUCUCCCCUUCCUCACAGUUCCCUCCCCGAUCAAGUCAGAGCUGUGUCCCUUGAUGGCAUCACCAGUGUCAUAAAUAUUUCUGCUCUCAGCUGCCACAUAGACCUGCAGCCCUGCCCUCACCCCUGCAGGGAGUCAUCUCAAGAUGGCAGCAGAGGUGAUAAAGUUCUCAUGAGGAAACUGCUUCCACUGCUGGGGACAUGGAACCUCUCCUAGGACCCUGAUGUGAUAAAUGCUGGCUGUAGCCUGUGCUAUCCAAGCAGAGCUUCUGCCAACCACAGGCUCCCAAAGGGCUUGGGUUGUCUGCUCCCUUUCCUUCCUGGAGGCUGCAGAGCAUGGCAGUGAAUAAAUGUUUCAGAGACCUCCUGAUGGUCACUCAGCCCACAGGAGUGAUGGCCCCAUCUACCCACCUCUAGAUCUUCCUCAGCCCCUUACAAUCCACAUGUAAGUCCUCCAGAGCCCUGAGCUUAGGACCACAUAAAGCCUUGGCGGGAGAGGGGCUGAAGGUCAUCUGAGCAUCUAGCCACCUGGCUGAUUCAAGGUAUUUUCUAAUCAAAUAAUAUGACAGUAUCAGGGUUUGGGAAGCUGGAUGAUGUCAUCAAGACUGGUCUGGUCCUACAGACCAACUGAUUGCCACUGGGGUUGGUGACCCCAGAAUAGGGCUCCUGAUAGCUUAAUGUUCUUAUCCACCCUUCUGUCUCAACUCCUUCCCUCCUCUCCGAGGAGGGAAUCCUGAGGCCCUGAUGUCAGGGUAGUUAAAAAGUUUCUUCUACCAUCAGAAGAUAUGGGGAAUUGAGCUGCUCAUAGCUUGUGACCCCAGCACCCUCUACCUCCUAUUGUCCCUGCAGCCAGUAUAGACCUUUACCCCACACAUACUGAAGCUUCCCUCAGCCUGGGUCUGUAGUUUUCUGGGCAUCUUAGUUUCAGCCAGAGAAGAGUGGGACAUCCUAAAUACCUUACCCACUCCAGUCCCUUUCCAUCUAAGAAGGAACAGAACAGUCAGUGCCUGGUCUUCAGAAAAGCAUUCCAAUUCAUGGAUUUUCUUGGGAAGAUGAGCUUCUUUACACAGAGGCUAGAGGCUACCUAAGGGACAGUCCCUGGGAUAUGACCCCAGCCUAGUAGAGGGAAGACCUACAUACAGGCUGAGAUACUGCAUGGUCAGUGAGAGCAUACCUCAGAAGCCAUGGAUCGUCAUUGCCCAUCUAGAGCCUAGAGUUGAGGGAAGGGUUAUCCAGCUGUAAAAAGAAAAAGGCAUUUCACUUCUCAUAAUACAGAUUACUUUGUCAAGCUGGGGUAUGUCUCACACUGAGUAAAUGAUAGGUUCUCUCUCAGCAAGAUAAGAGGGUGGAGGUUGGGGCAGGAGCCACUAGCUGUGGCCGGAAGCAUUUCUGGGAACUGACAUAGCCUCUGGCCUUUAUCUGGCCUUUAUCUGAGACUGAUAAAGUGUGUGUGUGUGUGUGUGUGUGUGUGUGUGUGUGUGUGUUAUGUGGUUUUCCAGAAGAACUGGAGAGCAGCUGCUGAGGGGUAGGGGUUUCUGGGAAUUGCAGUGAGGCCUCCCUCCUGCUAGUCUAGGCCAGGCAGAGCCACACCUAACUCUUGUGGCUGCCAGACUUUUCAGGUGGGCAAAUGCCAGCCCUACUUCAGAAGGCAGGCCUGGUGUGGGCUCUGCUAGGGUGGUAGGAGACCUCUGCAGAAGGACAUUUUCAGGAGCUCCUCUUUCCCACAUUCUAGCACCUCUGGAUUUCACACCCACCUGCUUGCAGUUUCCUGCUUGCAGUCCCUCCUUGAUGACAGCCCUUAGCCUCAGCCUCAGCCCUUGGGACCUGACAGACCCUGCACAGACCACAGUUCUCAGCGGAAAUCCCCAGAUGUAACUCACAGGCUGACACAGCUCAUCUCAUGCCCCUGAGGUAGCCAUGACUGGAAUGGGGAGAGGGGAGGCGGCUGGCUUAAAGGGUAGAGCAGAGACUACAGCAGUCCUCACCCCACCCUGCAGAAUCUCCCUCCAUCUCUAAACCACACCCAUCAGCCACCCACAGGAGUAGUUUCCAACAGAUACAGCCUGUGGGUACCUGCACGUCAUGCUACUUGGGGAUGCCCCACCUGUGUGGCUCCAGUACAACUGCCUAUGGCUCAGAACCUAGAGGUGUGGUGUGAUGGGCAAGCUGCGAGAUGCCCCCAGACCCCACCCCCUUUCCAGGCCGACUCUAGUCUUUGUAGCUUGUGCCUGACUCCUCACCCACCCAGCAGGGGACAGAAGAGGCAGUUCCAGGCAACGAAGGUGCUGGUACACUCCCAAGGGACUUCCUGUGGCCCUGAGCUCUUCAUGUUCUGAUCCCAAUGUAGUCCUUCACUUCAUGGUAAUUUUCCCAUGUCCUUCAGUCUCUCUCAGGAGCUGUGUGUAGAUGGGGCUGUUAGCAUAAGUUGCAGAUCCAACCCUCAAUCCUCACCUGAUAAGCCAGGAGGCCCUGAGCAGAAAGAUGGGCUGAGGAAGUGCCAGGUAUGCAGGUCCCUCCCCUCUAGCCUGACACUCCCUGGGCAUCCAAGCCAAGAUGACAUUAGAUUUCUCUCUUUUCUUUUGAAAUAGUCUCACUAUGUAGCUCUCGCUGUCCUGGAAUUCACUAUGUAAACCAAGGUGACCUCAAACUCCUGAGAUCUGCCUGCCUUUGCCUCUCAAAUGCUGGGAUGAAAGGCGUGCACUACUAUGGCGUGGCUCUUCGUAUGAACAACCCCUCCAACUGCCACAAAACAGAAAGGGCGCUUCACUGAGAGUGCCUCAGAGCCAAAACCAUUCACUUCAGAGAAUUUGUCUCAUGCCAGAAAUUGCCCAAUAUGGAAACUAGCAAAAGCCUAAGUAUGAAGCAGUUAGGCUAGGGCAAAUGUCUUAAAGUGCCAUCAAAACCACAGGCAUCCAAAAGGGCAGUAGCCCAAGAACUACCCACUCACUACACGGCUACCUAAUAUGGACCAGACAGAGGUGGGAAGUGAUUUGGACAAGAAGCCAAGAGCAGGACUAGGAAGCUAGCUCAGCGGUUAAGAGCAUAGGCUACUGUCCCAGAGGACCUGGGUUCAGUUUCCAGCACUUACAUAGCGGCUCACAACCAUCUAUGGCUCUUGCUCCAGAGAGUUACACAUGAUGCACAGAAACUUACAAGGUAUGUACACACACACACAAAGAAGCAAAGAAGGCACGUACUCAGUAUAGAUUAUCACUUCCUAGAAGCCUCCUUAGCUUGAUGGUCACUACUGAGGUUUUGUGGCCAAGGUUAACCUUGACUUGUACCCCUACCACUACCACCAAGAGGAAGCUCUGAGGACAGGCCUCAGAUGCCCACUCCCAUUAAAAGUUAUUUGUGUACA